UUGAACAGUAUAUAAAUGAACUAACAGGAGAUAUUGAUCAUGACAUUAAUGCACAAAAAUAGCUCAUGCAAUAAUCUAAUCAGGUGUGUAGCUCAGACCCAAAGACUAGUUCAAAUUAAUAAUACUUUGUAAUAGGUUGUAUAUGUUAUUGAUGUUUAAAUAAAUAGCCUUCUUGGUUUCACACUGCUCUCACCAGUGAACAUUCACAUAUUAUUUUAUACACAAUAUAGCAAAGUCCAUAAUUUGGCCAUCAUCAACAUUUACAACUCCUCACAGAGAUAGAGAGAAAAGGGAUUGAAAUACUAACCAAACAACUCACCAAAAAAAAAAAAAAAAAAAAAUGGCAGAGGGGGUUGCUUUCAACUUAGCUGGAACAGUGUUGGAAGCCUUGGGUAAAGCAGCCAUAAAAGAGGCUGCAUCCUGGUGGGGUGCAUGAGACGAUUUGAAGAAGCUUGAGAAAACCAUCAAGUUGAUCCAAGCUCGAGUUCGUGAUGCUGAGAGGAACCAUGAAGAGCCAGGUGGCAGAGAUUAUGCCAUCAAAGAGUGGCUUCGGAGGCUGAGGAUGGUGCUUUACCAAGUUGAUGACUUGUUUGAUCUUGUCCUCACUGUUGACCGGGAGAAACAGGUGAAAAUGAACAAGCAGGUUUGUAUUCCCUUCUCGAGCUCAGGCACUCUUUGUUUUAACUGGAAAAUAUCUAGAGAAAUCAAGUCUAUUCGCCAACAACUUGAUGAAAUCAAUUCAGAUAUUGCUGGUUUAAACCUGAAUGCCUAUCGUGAUCAUAGAGGUGAACCACAAUCACUCAGGGCUCGCUUCAUGAGGAAUAGAGAAUCAGGCUCUCAUGUAAAAGAAUAUGUCACUGGUAGGGAAAACGACAAAAAAAUAAUUACUGAAAUGCUUUUUGAUCCUAAAUUUGAUGGGAAAAGGAUUACUGUGAUUCCAAUUGUGGGGUUUGGAGGUCUUGGAAAAACUACUCUUGCUCAACUGGUUUUUAAUGAUGAGGGUGUUCAGAACCAUUUUGAUCUUACUAAAUGGGUCUGUGUACCUGAGGUAGGUGAUCAAAACACUGUAAUUAGAAGAGUUUACCAAUGCUUCACCGGUAAAGAUGAUUUUGAUAGACUCUUAUUUAGCGCGAUUGAAUCAUGCAUCCUAGAAUCGGUUGAGGGUAAGAAGUAUCUUCUUGUCUUAGAUGAUGUAUGGGAUGAAAGUUGGAAUAGAUGGUUGGAUCUUCUAAGUUUGCUUGAAUGUGGUGCAACUGGAAGUAGAGUUAUUGUAACAACACGCUCUGCUGAUGUUGCAAAAGCUGUUGGGACAACAGAAGCCCACAAUCUGGGACUUCUAACUGAAGAAGAGUCCUGGAAUCUUUUCAAAAAAUUAGCAUUCCGAUCAGAGCAAGAAGAGAGUAAUAAUUCUUAUUUGACUCAGUUAGGGAAGGAGAUUGUCGAUAGCUGUGGAAAUGUUCCCCUUGCUAUCAAGGUUGUUGGAAGCCUUCUACCUGAUAUUAGUGAGGAAGAGUGGCGACAAAUUAGAGAUGCUCGACUCUCAAAGGCAAAGGGGAAGGAAGAUGGUAUCAUGCAAGUGUUGAAAUUGAGUUAUGACUACUUGCCACCGGCAUUAAAGCAAUGCUUUUCUUACUGUUCGUUGUUCCCAAAGGACUACGAAUAUAGUAAGAAUCAUAUGGUAAAACUCUGGAUGGCGCAAGGAUAUUUUGAGCAAUCAAGCACAGGUAUUGGAGAGAAAUACUUUAUGAAAUUGUUGGGGAGGAGCUUAUUUCAAGGUCCUAGAGAAGAUGCUGAAGGGAACUUCAAAUGCAAAAUGCACGAUUUAGUACACGACUUGGCUCAAGAUAUAGCUAGUGAAGAGAUGAAACAAUUGGUUGAGCCUUUAGACCAGAUAUCGUCAACUGAUGAACUUAUACAUGUGAGUGCUAAAUUGGAAAAGUUAGAAGAUGGUGAAUGGGAAGCUCCAGUGUCUUUGCUUGCUGCUAGGAGGAUACGGUCAUUGAUACUGUUAAGAUUCAAUGUUAAUAUUGCUAUCAAAUCAUCAUCUCUUGAAAUGAUGGUUUUGAAAUUUCAGUCUUUGCGUGUCUUAGACUUAGAGGGUAAGAAGAUCUCUGUGGUUCCGAAUUCUAUAGGGAAGUUGAGACACCUGAGAUACCUUAAUCUUGCAAGAAACGAUCUUAUAAAAUGUCUUCCUGAUAAUAUAACAAGAUUACAGAAUCUGCAAACACUGAAUCUUUUGAGAUGCUUUAAUCUUAGAGAGUUGCCUAGAGAUUUUUGUAAAUUGGACAGCCUGAGGCACUUGGAAAUUCUUUAUAGCGGUUUAAGAGAUUUUCCAACAGGAUUCGCGAAUAUGACAGCUUUGAAAGAGUUAGAUGUAUUUAUAGUUGGGAAAAACAAUGGUAUAGAUUCAUUGCCACCCUUGAACAUUAGUGAAAAUGUGGAUUUUGAAUUCAGCAAGUGGCGGAGUGAUGCUGUUGUGGAAGCACAGAGGGCAAAUUUGAAGGACAAUACGCAUUUGGUACGUCUUAAGUUAAUGUUUGGAUCCAUGGAAGUUACUCCUGCAGAUUUCGGUGAAUUGGAUAGAAUGUUAAUGUCCUUGCAACUGCCUCCAAAUCUUAAGAACAUUUUUGUUCAGCAGUACAAAGGAGUUGAGAUGCCACGUAGAUGGUUAGAUGGGUUAUCUAAGCUUGUUUUCAUUCGUAUUGAGUAUUGCAGAAAUUGCAGAGUUCUCCCUCACAUGAGUCGGCUGCCUCAUCUCAAAGAACUUUAUCUUUCUUCAAUUGAUAGCUUGGAGUAUGUAGAAUAUGAAGAUGACAUUUCGGUUUGUGAUGUCUACUACCCAUCUUUAGAAGACUUGCAAUUAUUGGGUUUGAUGUCUCUAAAGGGGUGGACAAGACCAUCAAAGGGUGAUAAUGAUGGUGAGCCAAGGCAGUUGUUGUUUCCUCGUCUUUUGAAAAUGAAGUUGAUCACUUCUCCAAGUUGAUGUCAAUGCCUCUAGCGCCAAAGCUGGAGUCAUUAAGGGCUCAAGUAAUCAAUUGGAAGGUGUUUGAAUCCAAUCUGACAUCAGUUGAUGAUGAGGAAGCAUCUUCUUCUUCGACAACUCUUUUUACUUCAUUAAAAGUUGGAUAUUUCUAUCUCUGUCAAUCAGUAGUAGGUUCACUAAUCUACAGAGUAUACAAAUAGGCUGUUGCAACGAA